AUGAAGCUCGGGCUCAUCAUCUUUAUUGCCAUCAUGAUCCACAAGGCCCCGGCCGCCUUUGGCCUGACAUCGGUGCUUCUCCGACAGGGACUGUCGAAGCGGGCGGCCAGAGGCCAUCUGAUUGUCUUCAGCAUGGCCGCUCCGGUGGGCGCGCUGGCGACGUGGCUCUUGAUCAAGCUGCUCGGUGGCGAUGACCUCGGGGAUGCCCAGGGGCAGUGGUGGACGGGCAUGUUGCUGCUUUUCUCGGGCGGCACCUUUUUAUAUGUCGCCAUGCAUGCCAUGGAAGAGGACGGGACAUCGCACAGCCACGACCACGGCUCAGGAGCCAACGGGUACGUCGAGGGGGCCUCGGCCAACCAGCGGAAACCAAAGGGUCCCCAGAUGCGCGACACGCUUGCCACGGUGGCGGGCAUGUUUCUGCCUCUGCUCACACAGUUUGGUCAUCAUCAUUGA